AGAAACUACCAUGCAGACUACAGACUACAGACGACAAAAACAUAUGUCAUUCAAAAAAUGUUAUGUAAGUUAUUGUAGAAAAUUAUUACAUGAUCAAAAUUCUAAAAAUGUCGAAUAGAGUAGCAAUUUGUCUGUUCCGGAAUGAUCUAAGAUACCACGAUAAUGAGGUAUUAGCACUGGCUCAUAAAAGUGCAGACUUCGUUUUACCUUUGUACUGCUUUGAUCCACGUCACUUUGAAGGAACACAUCAUUACAAAUUUCCAAAGACUGGAAUUUUCAGAACACAGUUUCUUUUGGAGAGUGUUGAAGACUUUCGCCAAACCCUUGUAAAACGUGGAAGCAACUUGAUGAUUGUUCAUAGCAAACCAGAAGAAGCUUUACUCAAGAUUUUCAAAAGUCUUAUUGGACUUAAAGUAACCCUUAUUUUACAGACAGAAGUAACAAAAGAAGAAACAGAUGUUGAAAAAUGUCUUCAGAAAAUAUGUCAAGAGAUCAAAGCAAGCUACAUCAAUUGUUGGGGAUCCACUUUGUACCACAAAGGAGAUUUGCCCUUUCAAAUUAAUCAUGUUCCUGACUCAUACACAGGAUUUCGAAAAGAGGUUGAAGAGAAGUUGAGAAUCCGUCCAGAAAUUUCUAUGCCAGACAAGAUGAAGCCAGUUCCUACUUUUGCACAUGAAAUUCCUUGGGGGAACCUCCCCACAAUUGAAGCACUAAAUUCUACUAAACCAAUCCCAAAUUCAUCAUCAGCUUUCCCUUUCAAUGGAGGUGAAACUGCUGCAUUACUCAGACUAAAAUCCUACCUUUGGGAUACAAAUGCUGUGGCACAAUACAAAGAAACAAGAAAUGGACUCAUUGGAUCAGACUACUCAACGAAGUUCAGUCCUUGGCUGGCUCAUGGAUGCCUUAGUCCAAGAAGAAUUCACUGGGAACUUGAAAAGUACGAAUUGCAAAGAACUAAGAACCAAUCGACUUAUUGGGUUCGCUUCGAGCUACUUUGGCGAGACUAUUUCAAAUUCGUUUCAAUGAAAUAUGGCGACAGGAUAUUUUACCCCAAUGGAAUGAAAGGCAGACGUCAACAGUGGAAGAAGGACAUGGAACUCUUUAAAGCAUGGCAAAUGGGAAAAACAGGAGUACCGUUUGUAGAUGCAAACAUGCGUGAACUGUUGGCAACCGGCUGGAUGUCUAAUCGAGGACGGCAGAAUGUGGCUUCGUUUCUAGUCAAGGAUUUACUUCUAGAUUGGCGUUUAGGUGCGGAGUGGUUUGAAUCGUUGCUUUUAGAUCACGACGUUUGCAGUAAUUAUGGAAAUUGGAACUACGUAGCAGGAAUUGGGAACGACCCGAGGGAGAACCGAAAAUUCAACAUGAUCAAACAAAGUAUGGACUAUGAUUUAGAGGGUAACUACAUUCGUAUGUGGGUGCCCGAAUUGAGAGAAAUACCUGGAUCGAAAAUUCACUCACCUUGGAUGCUGAGUUCUGGGGCACUUUCAGCAGCUAAGAUCCGCCUCGGAGAUAACUAUCCCAAUCCUGUUGUAGUUGCACCGGAAUGGAGUCGUCAUCAAAAAGGGGGAAAGGACUUCGGCCAAGGAAAUCCUAAAGGAGGGACUCAACGGGGAAUUGAUUUCUAUUUCAAAAAUCCUGGGGGUCAAAAAUAAAAAGGUGUACUGUUUGAAAAGUGCAACGCACACAGAAAUGAAGAUUACCAGUUUCUGUUGCAUUCCUGUUGGGUUAUUCCAAUUGAGAUCUGUGUAAAAUAACCAUUGAUGACUAUACAAGGAAACUCUUACAAUGAA